AUGGCGGAGGAGCAGUACUACGGGGGCCCGCGCGGGGCGCCGCACGGGCUGCUGCUGGCGGUGGUGGUGGGGCUGGUGGUGGCCGGCCCGCUCUUCCUGGGUGACGGCGGCGAGGCGGUCACCGACGCCAUCGCCGAGCUGCUCAGCCCCGUCGGCCUGCUCCUCCUCCCCGUGGGCCUCCUCCUGCUCAUCCGCCUCCUCUCCUCCGACCGCGGCGCCGCCGCGCUGGCCGACGUGUUCGCCUUCGGCGGCUCGCCCGACGCCGUGCACCGCGUCGGGGGGUCCCCCGUCGGUGUGGCUCUCAUGCUGCUCCUCAUCCUCGCCCUCCUCUACUACCGCUCCGCGCUCUUCGGCGGCGGCGGAGACGACGACGAGUAGGCGCCUGCCAGUAUGUAGUUUCCGUCUCAUCUCGGGGUUGUUUUGGUAGUUUCCGUUUGAUCUGGGCCUGCGUGCAAAAGUGCAGUGUAAAUUACUCCAUCGGCCCGUGUAGUAACUGCUGCGUUGAUUUGCUCUGCGUCAAGGCUGAAGGUUCUGUGCUGCAUCGGCCCAUGUGCUUGUUCUCUUCCGCCUCUGGUCUCGCCGUCGGUGGUGUCGUGACCUUCUUUUGUUAUUAACUAGUCCGCUAGAACCAGGCAGCAGUAAUAUAAUAUAAAUAAAUACUGUAGAAACUAUUCUUUGUUGAGGCAAAAAUAAGCGAAUCUAUAUUCUAAA